UUGAUCAUGGGAGGCAGAGGCCAGUUAAGCUGGAAUGCAAAGCAUGGUUUAAGGGCUCUUUACUUGCAGGUAGACGUGUUUAGGGUUGGGCUGCUGAAGGCAGGGUUGCUUUGUCGUGCAGACAGACUGACGUGUCUUAUGCAUGCAUGUGGGCAAACCCCGCUGGUUCCCGCGAGGACAUGUGACAUAAAUUACCCUCCUUAUUAAGAAAACCAGGGCAGGUCGUUCUGCUCCAUAUUUCCGCAUGAAUGAUGAGCUUGUGCACCAAAUUAUGUUUGCAUUACGGAUGGGUUUACCCCAGAGGUAUCCAUUGCAUCUACCGCUCCGUUGGUCCAGGCAUCUCUUAACCUUGGCUAUUCUGCUCCAGAAUAUUCUGGCCAGAGGUAAAAGAGACUUGGCCAGGGAACGGGAGAUGAUAUUGGUUGUAGCAAACAGGCAGCCCUAGGGGAACGUUUAUAUUCCAGUGGGGGGGGGAUCAUUCUUCACUUAGUUACCUCCCACAUGCUAAAUAAAUGCCGGCAAGCAAUAAGUUGUCAUAAAUGACUCUUACCACCAACCAACAUUCCGAAAUGAUGGAGACUGCAGAACUGCAGGUGAAAAGCAGAGGUAUCUGCUUCCACUUCUACAUCUCUUGGAUGCAAAUAUAAGAAAGCGAUCCAGCAACAUUUGGCGUGAGGCUCGGCUUAGCAGCGUAUAAACCACACACCAAAGAAAAUUGACACAAAGAGACCUACAAAUGAAGUGUGAAAAUUGCACCAAAAAGGAAUGUAGUAAUAAACAGAGGAAUGAAGACCGGCAAAAUACACCAGCUGAUGUUCUCAACUCAAAUGAUGAAAAUGAAGAGAAAAGUGAAUUCCAUAAGUUGGCUAACGCUAAAAUAUUCCUUAGCGAUUGCUUAGCUUGUGACAACUGCAUAACAUCCGAUGAAGCAGUCCGAGUGUUCCAGCAGAAUCAGAAAGAGCUCUUCCAUGUACUGAACCUCAAUAAGAAAUGUGAUACCUCAAAACACAAAGUGUUGGCAGUGUCUAUAUGUCCUCAGUCCUUGCCUUAUUUUGCUGCAAAAUUCAGCCUCACUGUUACCGAAGCAGCCCAGAGGCUUUGUGGUUUCCUCAAAAGUCUUGGAGUGCAUUAUGUCUUUGACACUACAAUAGCUGCUGAUUUUAGUAUUCUGGAGAGCCAGAAGGAGUUUGUGCAACGGUACCGCCAUCAGAACCAAGAAGAGCAUGCCAUACCCAUGUUUGCUUCAGCUUGCCCAGGCUGGAUCCAGUAUGCCGAGAGAGUCCUCUCCAGUCUAGUGACGCCACACAUUUGUACUGCAAAGUCACCACAGCAGAUUAUGGGCUCCCUUGUCAAAGGUUAUUUUGCCAGGCAGCAGAAUCUGUCCCCUGAUAAAAUUUUCCACAUAAUUGUGGCACCUUGCUACGACAAAAAGCUAGAAGCCUUGCGAGAAGAUUUCCACACCCCUCUGUACAAUUCUCAAGAUGUUGAUUGUGUUUUGACGUCAGGUGAAGUCUUCCAGAUAAUGGAGCAGAGCAAAGUAUCUUUGAGAGAAAUAGCUGAGGUGGCCUUUGAUACCCUGUUUGAUGGGGUAAAGGAGGCCGAGUUAAUCUGUCACGAUGGAAGGAAGUCUGAUGGUUACCUGGAGCACAUAUUUAAAUAUGCUGCCAAGGAGCUCUUCGAUACUGAAGUGAAGGAUGUCGUAUACAAAGUGUUAAAAAACAAAGACUUCCAGGAGGUCACAUUGGAAAAGGAUGGCGAGACGGUGCUACGCUUUGCAGCUGCGUAUGGCUUUCGAAACAUUCAGAAUAUGGUCCUGAAGUUGAAAAAGGGAAAGUGCUCCUACCACUUCAUAGAAGUUUUGGCGUGUCCUGGAGGGUGCUUAAAUGGAAAGGGUCAGGCUCAGACUGAAGAUGGAAAACCAGACAAAGCCCUGCUCAGGCAGAUGGAAGAUGUCUACGCUGCAGUUCCUGUCCGACUUCCUGAAACCAAUAGGCAGGUGCAGAAGCUCUACCAGGAAUGGCUGGAUGGGAUGGACUCCAUGAAGGUCCAGGAAUCAUUACAUACAAAAUACAGCACAGAAAAGCCAGCUGCCAACAAUUUGGAUAUCAAAUGGUGACCAGUCAAAAGACGAGACUCACAGUAGGUUUGUUGUACAUAGAGCGCCAGCAACUAUUCUAUGCAACUGGAGACGGAGGUACUGCUUAAAUAUGUGAACAUUACAAAGAACUGGAACUGCCUUUGUUCUCCACUGGAAUUGUGUAGAGUUCAAUUGUUGCUUGAGUCUGUGUAUAUUAGGAACGUCUUUAUUUAAUCGAAGCCUGAUACUGUCUGUGUGUUUAUCUGAGGACAUUUAAGAGGCACAGCGAGUCUCUAAACUCCCAACAGAGGUACAUCAGUAUAGAAUAAAUUUACCAGAAUCAGGGAAUGUUGCAAUGUGCUUUGAUCCUGACUCUUAGUACGCAAAUCUUUAUGCCAGGAAUCCAGUGCCAUGGAUUUUACUGCUCUCAGAAAGGUGCUGUGUUAGGUUUACAGUUCAUCUAAGGCUUUUUAUCAUUACCAAACAUCAUAUGCUACCAAAAUAUGACAAAACAAACUAACCAGUGAUGCCAUUUCUUACAGCAUCACCGCUAUUCACAUUUACUACUUUGAUGCUAGUCAGAUUGGGUGGUACAAAGAAAGAAACUUUGCCCCCUACCAGCAAUUAAUUUCCUUUUUAUCAGCUUUAAUGUCAUCUUGUGUGAUUCCUUUGAAAAAGUAGAAACUGCUUCCUGUUCUCUCGUUUAAUUGCCUUGAUUCUGUGGAUAUUUCUGGUCUGCUCUGGAGAUAAAAUGGGGAUCCCGGUCAUCUAGAAAGAGCAAGGCACAUGGGUGGCUGAAAGGUAAGGCAGCAGGUUCAUAUAGGAUCACUGGGCCAAAGUUGCAGAGGUGAGCAAGUCUAAUCCAGUGGAACUAGAGAUUAGGUUUUUCAGACACAAAGGCAGCCAAGUCCAGUCCAGGAAGUUAAUACACUUUUUGGCACUCAAGCCUGCCUAAUAGCAAAGUCCUAUGUGACACCUAAGGCAAGGAUGUUUCAGCAACUUCUUACACUGGUAUUAAACCCACUCGUUGGGUUUUAGACUUUACUGGGGUUUGCUAGGUAGGCCCUAAUCUUAACAGCAGAUUCUGCUUCGGUUAGACCCUGAUAUCUGUCAAGACUAAUCGGAUUACACCCAUGAGAUUUCUUGAUGAGUGACUAAGGCUGCCCUUAUUCGGGAUUCUCAUUGAACUCAGUGUGACUUACUUCCUAGUAGACGUGCACAGAACUGUGCUGUAAGUAACUACAGAGCUACCAAGGACUGCCAAUGUACAGCCUUUGUCUGAAUAAAUGGGGGAGACCAAUGCAUGAUCACUGAAAUAUAUGGAGGCUGUACACCAGCAGUACUUGAUGGAUCAUGCCACAAAACUGUAGUUCUAAACAGUAUCCUUAUCCUGCUCUGGGAUACAAUUUCCUCUCUUCCUGCAAUAUUAUCCUACUUGGUUGCAAUGUUCAAAAACAAAACAAAAGAUGAGGUCUUUGUCUGUACUUCCAUUAUUUCUUUUAUUUUAUCAAAUAUCUCGACACUGAUCAUACCCCCACCUGUCUCUUUAAAGGUUUUUGCUAUAGCUUUGGCUUCUUCCAUAGCUCCUCCUUUGUUUAGUUUUCCAAUCCUAACACACAAAAAUACGGGUAUGCUUUGUUGUAAUCUUUACUGAGAAAUGCAAAUCUUUAAUGACCAUCAUGCAAAAAACCCACACAAGCAAGAUGAGACCUUAAGGCUCUGAUCUGUGCAUGGUAAAAAUAUAAACCUCUGAUUAGAGGACAUUGGUGCUUCACUCCUCUCAAAGUGUCUGAAUUCUCAGCCUGCCUCCCAGGAAAGGCAAUGAAAUCCUUGAGCCUGGGAGAAGCUGACUAGUAGAGAGGUGUGAGAUAAUGUUGUCACAAUAAAUGGACUCAAUAUUUGACAUGGGGCAGUCCUAUGAUUUGGACAUUUGGGUCGCAUCUCCUUUUGCAGCAUAGAAGAAGUGUAGUCUGUGUUCCGUGUGCAUGGAUUUGAAUACGUACAUAAAAUAAGAUUGUAUAUGUCUCAAUCAUCUUAUAGUUGCGUCUGUAUAAAAAGAAUAAAAUGAAGCUUAAAACUGGUGCAGAAGUUAAACACUUCUUGAAACCUACCUCUGUGCUAAGAAAGACGCUCAGAAUGGCUGAGGGAUCCCGGGAAUGCUACUGCAUUAAAAUAGAAAAGAUGCGUCUACAUGGCACAUUCUCAGGGCAUCAGAUGCCUUAUUGCAGUUUGUUCCCUUCAGUAUCUACACCAGAGGUCAGCAAACUUUUUCAGCAGGGGGCCGGUCCACUGUCCUUCAGACCUUGUUGGGGGCCGGACUAUAUUUUUUGGGGGAGAAAUGAAUGAAUUCCUAUGCCCCACAGAUAACCCAGAGAAGCAUUUUAAAUAAAAGGACACAUUCUACUCACGUAAAAACACCAGGCAGACCCCACAAACAACCCAGAGGUGCAUUUUAAAUAAAAGGAUACAUUCUACUCAUGUAAAAACAUGCUGAUUCCCGGACCAUCCACGGGCCGGAUUUAGAAGGCGAUUGGACCGCAUCCGGCCCCUGGGGCUUAGUUUGGGGUUCCCUGCUCUACACACACACACACACAAUUUCUGCCUAUUGUGAUAUCAGGGUGGGCAUGCAGGAUGCUCAACUAGCUUCCAGUUUCAUCACAAGGGUAUACUGGAGGGGGAUAGAUAGUGGUCUUUCCUGGGAUAUUGUCUACAUACCCAGUUGUGGUCUGCCAUGCUGAACAGAAGCAAGAGAAGCUUCCCUGUGGAUGUCCAGAUUCCUGUAGUGAGGCAUAAGCACAGCCUUCAGUGUCUUCAAGUUAUGCUGACAAUGUAAUUUAUUUUAAUUUUGCUCCAUUCAUUAGGAUGCCCUCAAAAUGUGUUGAGCGCAAGUGUUGAGCCUUACAAGUCCACUGUAUAGUUUUUAUUUGUAGAUACACAUGGAGGAUAUCUUGUGUUAAAAUCCUUUAUCUUUUUUU